CUGAGAAGGAAGAUAGCAGCAACAAUAUGGCGACAACCGCAGUUUCUCCCGAAUCCGUUCGACAUCUGCAGUCCAGCGACGCCUUUCUGGAUUUCUGAUAACGCGGAAAAAAGCUGGCUGGCCUGGAUGGUAACUAACUAAAGAAGAACUUGCUGCAGGAUGAAAACAUGGCUGCACCCCUUCUUGCACCACCAGGACCUGACAGCUUCAAGAGGUUUACCCCAGAGUCUCUGGCCAACAUCGAGAGGCGAAUCGCCGAGGAGAAGGCCAAGAAGCCUCCCAAGCCCGACAGCAGUCAUCGCGACGAUGACGAUGAGAACAAACCCAAACCCAACAGUGACCUGGAGGCGGGCCGCAGUCUGCCGUUCAUCUACGGUGACAUCCCUCCAGGCAUGGUAGCAGUGCCCCUGGAGGAUAUAGACCCUUUCUAUAUGAAUGAGAAAACAUUUAUAGUGCUAAAUAAAGGGAAAACAAUCUUCCGCUUCAGUGCCACACCUGCCUUGUACUUCAUAAGUCCUUUUAAUAUUGUUAGGCAAAUAGCUAUUAAAAUUUUGAUACAUUCAGUAUUCAGCAUGAUCAUUAUGUGUACUAUUUUGACCAACUGUGUGUUCAUGACUUUUAGCAAUCCCCCAGAAUGGUCCAAACAAGUAGAGUACACCUUCACUGGAAUUUAUACAUUCGAAUCAACUGUAAAAAUCAUUGCUCGUGGGUUCUGUAUAGACGGGUUCACCUUCCUACGGGAUCCAUGGAAUUGGCUGGAUUUCAUGGUGAUCUCCAUGGCAUAUAUCACAGAGUUUGUGGACCUGGGCAAUGUGUCUGCGUUGAGAACGUUCAGAGUUCUCCGGGCAUUGAAAACUAUCUCUGUCAUUCCAGGCCUAAAGACCAUUGUGGGCGCCUUGAUCCAGUCUGUGAAGAAGCUGUCAGACGUGAUGAUCCUCACCGUCUUCUGCCUCAGUGUCUUCGCUCUGAUUGGCCUGCAGCUCUUUAUGGGCAACCUGCGGCAGAAAUGCGUCAUAUGGCCCAUCAACGCCACGGACAACUACCUGAGCAAUGGCAGCAGAGGAUUCAAUUGGGAUGACUACAUCAUGAAUGAGACCAAUUUCUACUUUAUCCCUGGACAACUGGAUGCUCUCUUGUGCGGAAACAGCUCUGACUCUGGUCGCUGCCCAGAGGGGUACACCUGUAUGAAGGCUGGCAGGAAUCCCAACUACGGCUACACCAGCUUCGACAGCUUUGGCUGGGCCUUCCUAGCUCUCUUCCGCCUCAUGACCCAGGACUUCUGGGAGAACCUGUAUCAGCUGACGCUGAGGGCAGCAGGGAAGACCUACAUGAUCUUCUUUGUGUUGGUGAUCUUCGUGGGCUCCUUCUACCUGGUGAACCUGAUCCUGGCUGUGGUGGCCAUGGCUUACGAGGAGCAGAACCAGGCCACCAUGGAGGAGGCUGAGCAGAAAGAGGCAGAGUUCAAAGCCAUGCUGGAGCAGCUGAAGAAACAGCAGGAAGAAGCCCAGGCAGCUGCCAUGGCGACCUCAGCGGGCACCGUAUCGGAGGACCCGGUGGAGGACGAUGGCGGGGGCCACAUGUCCUGCAGCUCUUCUGAAAUGUCCAAGCUGAGCUCUAAGAGUGCCAAGGAGCGACGGAACCGUAAGAAGAAAUGGCGGCAGAAGGAGCAGUCUCGGGGCGAGGAGAAGGGAGACAGUGAGAAGUUUGUCAAGUCUGAGUCUGACGACGGCAGUAAGAGGAGCAGGUUCCGCUUCCCUGACAACCGCCUGGGCAGGAAACCCUCCCUUAUGAACCAGUCUCUGCUCAGCAUCCCGGGUUCACCUUUCCUCUCGCGGCACAACAGCAAGAGCAGCAUCUUCAGCUUCAAGGGCCGCUCCAAGGAUGUAGGCUCGGAAAACGAGUUUGCUGAUGAUGAACACAGCACAGUGGAGGAGAGUGAGGAGCGGCGGGGCUCCCUGUUCAGCCCCUACCGCCGCAGCAGCUACAGCGGCUACCACGGCAAGAGGAACAGCACAGUGGACUGCAACGGCGUGGUGUCGCUCAUCGGACCAGGGCCCGGUGGACGCCUACUGCCUGAGCCCACCACUGAGGUGGAGGUGAAGAAGAAGAACUCUGGCUCUCUUAUGGUGUCUGUGGACCAGCUCAACACAUCCUUCGGUCGCAAAGAACGGGCCAACAGCGUCAUGAGUGUCAUCACCAACACUCUGGUGGAGGAACUGGAGGAGUCACAGCGGAAGUGCCCGCCAUGCUGGUACAAGUUCGCCAACACAUUCCUAAUCUGGGAGUGCUGCCCACUUUGGCUGAAAAUCAAGGAGAUUGUCAACCUGAUCGUGAUGGACCCCUUCGUUGACCUGGCCAUCACCAUCUGUAUUGUUCUCAACACCGUAUUCAUGGCUAUGGAGCACUACCCCAUGACACCCCAUUUUGAACAUGUGCUGAGUGUGGGAAACCUGGUGUUUACUGGGAUCUUCACAGCAGAGAUGUUUGCUAAACUAGUUGCAAUGGACCCUUACUACUAUUUCCAGGAGGGCUGGAACAUCUUUGACGGCUUCAUUGUGACUCUGAGUUUAGUAGAGCUGGGCCUGGCUGAUGUGGAAGGGCUGUCAGUGCUGAGAUCUUUCAGAUUGCUGAGAGUGUUCAAACUGGCUAAGUCAUGGCCAACCCUAAACAUGCUGAUCAAGAUCAUCGGGAACUCUGUGGGUGCUUUGGGUAACCUGACCCUGGUGCUGGCCAUCAUUGUGUUCAUCUUUGCUGUGGUGGGGAUGCAGCUGUUUGGCAAGAGCUACAAGGACUGUGUCUGCAAGAUUGCCCAGGACUGUGAGCUGCCGCGCUGGCACAUGAACGAUUUCUUCCACUCAUUUCUCAUUGUAUUCCGGGUGCUGUGUGGUGAGUGGAUCGAAACCAUGUGGGACUGCAUGGAGGUGGCGGGCCAGACCAUGUGCCUCAUUGUCUUCAUGAUGGUCAUGGUCAUUGGAAAUUUGGUGGUACUGAACCUGUUCCUGGCCUUGCUGCUGAGCUCCUUCAGCGCUGACAACCUGGCAGCUACAGAUGAUGAUGGCGAGAUGAACAACCUGCAGAUCUCCGUCAUCCGCAUCAAGAAGGGCAUUGCCUGGGUGAAAGCCAAGGUGCGGAUGCUGGUUGCUACUAUUCUGAAGAAGAAGGUUACAGAUGAGGUGAAACCACUGGAUGACAUGUACGACACAAAGCCCAACUGCAUUGCCAACCACAUGGGUGUGGACAUCAACCGGGAGAUGGACUACCAGAAGAAUGGAAAUGGCACUACGAGCGGCAUUGGUAGCAGCGUGGGCAAGUACAUGAUUGACGAGGAUCGCAUGUCCUUCAUCCACAACCCCAACCUCACCGUGCGUGUGCCCAUAGCUGUGGGCGAGUCUGACUUUGAGAACCUCAACACUGAGGACUUCAGCAGUGAGUCAGACGUGGAGGGCAGCAAAGAGCUGGAUGACACCAGCUCCUCAGAGGGCAGCACCAUCGACAUCAAGCCAGAGGUGGAGGAUGUGGUUGUGGUGGAGCAGGUGGAGGAAUACCUGGAUCCUGAAGCCUGCUGGACAGAAGGGUGUGUUGCACGGUACAAGUGCUGUGAUGUGUCCAUCACAGAGGGCUGGGGGAAGUACUGGUGGUACCUGAGGAAGACCUGCUACCUGAUUGUGGAGCAUAACUGGUUUGAGACCCUCAUCAUCUUCAUGAUCCUGCUUAGCAGCGGGGCUCUGGCCUUUGAAGAUGUUUACAUUGAGCAGAGGAAGACCAUUCGCAUCAUCCUAGAGUAUGCGGACAGAGUGUUCACCUACAUUUUCAUCCUGGAGAUGCUGCUGAAGUGGGUUGCAUAUGGCUUUGUAAAGUAUUUCACCAAUGCCUGGUGCUGGCUGGACUUCUUCAUUGUGGAUGUGUCUAUAGUCAGCCUUAUAGCUAAUGCCCUGGGCUACUCCGAUCUAGGGCCAAUUAAAUCUCUCAGGACACUAAGGGCAUUGAGACCCCUCAGAGCCUUGUCACGAUUUGAAGGGAUGAGGGUGGUAGUCAACGCCUUGGUGGGAGCCAUCCCCUCCAUUAUGAAUGUGUUGCUGGUUUGCCUCAUCUUUUGGCUGAUUUUCAGUAUCAUGGGGGUGAACUUGUUUGCGGGCAAGUACUACUACUGUUUCAAUGAGACAGCUGAGGAACGCUUCGAAAUAGAUGAAGUGAACAACAAAAGCGAAUGCUACAUUCUCAUCAAUAACAACAAUUCUGAGGUCCGGUGGAAGAAUGUCAAGAUCAACUUUGACAAUGUGGGCGCCGGCUACCUGGCUCUUCUCCAAGUGGCUACAUUCAAAGGCUGGAUGGAUAUCAUGUAUGCAGCAGUGGACUCCAGAAAGGUGGAGGAUCAGCCUCUGUAUGAGGACAACAUCUACAUGUACAUCUACUUUGUCAUCUUCAUCAUCUUCGGCUCCUUCUUCACUCUAAACCUGUUCAUUGGUGUCAUCAUCGACAACUUCAACCAACAGAAGAAAAAGUUUGGGGGUCAGGAUAUCUUCAUGACAGAGGAGCAGAAGAAAUACUACAAUGCCAUGAAGAAGCUGGGAUCUAAAAAACCACAAAAACCCAUCCCUCGACCAGUGAACAAGAUCCAGGGAAUGGUCUUCGACUUUGUGACGCAGCAGGUCUUCGACAUAUCAAUCAUGAUCCUGAUCUGCCUCAAUAUGGUCACAAUGAUGGUAGAAACAGAUGACCAGACACAAGAAAUGGAGACCAUUCUCUACUGGGUCAACUUCAUCUUUAUUGUCGCCUUCACCACAGAGUUUGUGCUCAAGCUCUUUGCUCUGCGCCAUUACUACUUCACUAUCGGAUGGAAUAUCUUUGAUGUGGUUGUAGUGAUCCUCUCCAUUGUCGGUAUGUUCUUGGCGGACCUGAUCGAGAAGUACUUUGUGUCCCCAACCCUCUUCAGGGUGAUCCGUCUGGCCCGAAUUGGCCGCAUCCUGCGUCUGAUCAAGGGUGCCAAAGGGAUCCGGACUCUGCUGUUUGCCCUGAUGAUGUCACUGCCAGCCCUGUUCAACAUUGGGCUCCUGCUUUUCCUGGUCAUGUUCAUCUUCUCCAUCUUUGGCAUGUCGAAUUUCGCCUAUGUCAAGAGGGAGGCCGGGAUUGAUGACAUGUACAACUUCGAGACCUUUGGGAACAGCAUGAUCUGCCUCUUCAUGAUCACAACUUCUGCAGGCUGGGAUGGCUUGCUCCUGCCAAUACUCAACUACCCUCCAGACUGCAGCCCAGAGAAGGAGAACCCUGGGACCACCAUCAAGGGGGACUGUGGCAAUCCCUCUGUGGGCAUCUUCUUCUUUGUCAUGUACAUCAUCAUCUCCUUCCUCAUUGUGGUCAACAUGUAUAUUGCCAUCAUCUUGGAGAAUUUCAGUGUGGCCACAGAGGAGAGCGCUGACCCACUGAGUGAGGAUGACUUUGAAACAUUCUAUGAGAUCUGGGAGAAGUUUGACCCCGAUGCUUCGCAGUUUAUCACCUUUGCCAAGCUGUCGGACUUUGCCGACACACUGGAGCACCCACUCCGGGUGCCCAAGCCCAACACCAUUGAGCUGAUCGCCAUGGACAUGCCCAUGGUGAGUGGUGACCGGAUCCACUGCCUGGACAUCCUGUUCGCCUUCACCAAGCGAGUGCUGGGUGACAGCGGCGAGCUGGACAUGCUGCGGCAGCAGAUGGAGGAGCGUUUUGUGGCUGCCAACCCUUCCAAGGUGUCCUAUGAACCCAUCACCACCACGCUGCGCCGCAAGCAGGAAGAAGUAUCUGCCAUCGUCAUCCAGCGUGCCUACCGUGCCCACCUGGUGCGGCGGGGCUUCAUUUGCAAGCGAAGACCCGGGACCAACAAGCUGGAGAACGGUGGGACCAAUCAGGAGAAAAAAGAGGGCACGCCCUCCACUGCCUCCCUCCCCUCCUAUGACAGCGUAACUAAGCCAGACAAGGAGAAACAGGAGGAUAACGAGGAGCGGGGGCGAAAAGACAAGGGUCGAAACCAAAAAGAUGUCAGGGAAUCUAAAUGUUAGGAUAUAAGGACAAUAACAACACACACACACUGCAGAAAAAUGAGAUCAGACUCUAAAUCAAAACUCGACACCUUGUAAAAAUGAUUUCAUUUGCAAGUAAAAAAAACUAAAGCAGAACAGAAAAAUUACAAAAAAAUUGUUUACAGAUUUCACAGUAUCAGUGCAGAAGAAGCAGCUUGGUUUCUAAUGGCUUGGAAGACAAUAAAACCAAACGUAAUCAGCUUUCUGUGUGACGUUGCAUAAAGACCAAGAUUUUAAAAAUAUGAUAAAAAUGAAAUAAAAAUAUUUACAAAAAACUGACCAUCCUGUGCAGGCUGGUGGCAGACUUUGCCACAGGACAGAGAGUGGGAUAAAAUAUUGGGACAGGACCUUCAAGACUGCCACUUGGACUUCCACUGGAAAAUCACCGCCAUUAUGGAUUUUCCCAAAGGAAACAGGAGACCUGGAGCCUAUAACUGUCCAAAGCAGUCUGAAAGAUGUUCUGUAUCAGUGUCUAUAAUAAUCAAGAAAAAACAAUAACCAACAAGACUGAACAAAAGCAAACUCAAAUAGGAAGAAAAAAGAAAGAAAAAAACCCUUGAACAAUAUAAAACAGGGUUUUUUGUUUGUUUGUGCUGAAUAUACCUGCAUCUUUACAUUAUUUGAGCGGCAAAAAAAAAAAGUUAACAUUUAGCCCAUGUCACUCGUCUUUUCAUCUGAUCUUUGUUAUACCCGCAUAAAAAAGACGUUUUCUACAUGGGCUUUCACACUGAUUGGGAAGGGGGGAUUAAUAAGGGUUUUGACUUGGGCUGAAAGGGACUUGCUCAGACCGAUUUCCAAAUAAAUAAAUAAUUGUGCUCGUUCAAUGCAUAGAAAUGACUUGCAUGAUGGCAUGUUUUGAUCAGGAAUCAUGCAUGAAUAAUCAUAGUCCACAAGACACAAAUACUCAGACCACAACAGUGGCUUGACCAUAGUUUUGAGGCUGCCCGCUGAUAAAAAAAAUAAAAAGAAUAUUGAUUUAGAAAUAAUAACAAUAAUAAUAAUAAUAAUAAUAAUAAUGGUUAUUAUUGUUAUUAUCAUACACAGUAUUUGGGGAAAUGAUCUAAUAUAAAAUUCUGCCCUUCUCAAAUAUUAUCGUUCAACUGACAGGUCUUUUAAUAAGGGCCUCAUUAGAAAUUUUAAGUGUAAGGAGGUUGUAAACAUUGAAUAGCUCAUGUUCUGAUGUUUGAGUAUACCAACAUUGUGGCACAUUAAAAAAAGACAGACAAAAAUAUGUUUACUGCUCUGAAUUCUGUGAAUGGGGAGGGUCAUGGGAGGUGGUUUGUAUGUGGAGGAUAUAUGCAGAAAGGCAAAUAUGGUUGGGACAAAUGCACAUUUCAAUCACUGUUAAACCAAAUCUGGGUCUUAUGAACUGUGUGUCCUUUUGUGUCCUGCAAUAUUGUUUUCCUGACCUUUAGCCUCUGACCCUUCUUCUUUUGUGGAGAGAGAGGAGAGUGGAGAUGUUAAGUUGGGGCUUAUGGGUGGGGCAAAUGAGUGUGUGGGUGUAUAUGGAUGUGGCAAGUUGAUUCAUAUUGUUGUCUAAUAGGGCUUUGACUGUAGGCUGGGAAGGAUGUCUGUGGAAGAUGACAGAUCUGAUAAGUACAUGCUUUUGAAACAACUAGCAAUUAGCAAAUAGCUGUUUAUUACUUCAGUUGUUUAUUUAUUUUUUGCUCUUUUUUACAUGUCUUCGUGUCUCUCGCUUAUCAUCCCAUUCCCCUGUCUUCACUGUUCUCUGAGGCUGUAGACUGGUCAGGAGCUUUACUGAUGCAUUGGCAGUGGCAUCAUAUCUUUUUCAAAAAUGACAUAACCUCCUUUUCAUUUUGUUCUUAGAUUGUUUAUUCUAGAUGUCUUUCAUGUCUGUCCAUGGAGAAGGAAUGUUGAGCCGAGAGAGAGAGAGAGAGAGAGAGAGAGAGAGAGAGAGAGAAAGAGAAUGCAUUGUGGAUUGUUUGAAUUUCUGAUGUUGGGAGGAGAAGCCAUGAAGGCCUGCCUUAUCACUCAAGGCAAUGGAGUGGGCUGGACUUCUGUCAGUUAGUGGGAUGUGGGGACUGUGAGGGCUAUAUCAGUAUUUAAGUGCAUGGAGAAAAGGCAGCACACUUAGAAUUGCAUACUGCAACUGAAGGCUCUAUCAAUUGAUCUUAUGAUCUAGCAACAAGAAUUCAACCAAGGAACUUAGCAGAGGAAGUGUUUUUAUUUGUCCCUGGUUACAUGUAAUGUGACAUUGCUCCAUCAUGCAGGUUGGCUAAAUGAUGUACACUAACCCAUGCAAGGUUUCCAGGAGGUAGCAUAUUAAAUGUGGAGGUAGAAGCAUCUAUAUGAGAGGCAUGCAUUCUGGGUAAUUUUCAAA